CAACAUGGCGUCCAGUGCAACUACAGAGUUGCACAUCUCUUCAAUUGAGAAUCGCUUAAAACAUUGCUAUUUGAUUAGUGUGUGAUCCCAAUGCAUCACCAAAAUAGUGCACAACUUCUCUGUUUUUAUUACAAUGCCGUUUCAAGACACAAAUUCUCGGCUGGGGUGCAUGCUUGAAAAGCACGUAAAAGUCUCAUUUGUGCGACGACAAACUUCACAUUCUGAUCUCAAACGAUGAUUAACGAGACGGAGAUACUGGCCGUUAAUUCCGCCAAACGGACCGGUCCCGUCGCCACGCUGUGUUACAGCAUCGUCUUCAUCCUGACUGAAGUCAUGACACAGAUUGUCCCGUAUUCGUUUAUAUAUUUCAACUCAGAAAAGAAAUUCCCAAUUUCUUCAGCAACAAUGAUUGCUGCGAUCGAAUUUGCCAAGUUUAUCAUAUGCUUCUUGGCCUUCUGUGGACAUCAGCGUCGGGUACGAUUCGUGCCGUCGCCACUCUUCUUUGCUCCUGCUUUUUUCUUUGUGGCGACCGGCAAUCUGUUCUUCUACUGUCUGAACUUUGUAACUCCGCCUACCUGGAACAUUAUCCUCCAAUCACGUGUCAUCUUCAUGAUGUUCGGCGGUUAUGUCAUUUAUGGUCGACCAAUUGAGAGACGGCAGUGGCUUGCUGUGGGUUCACUACUCUUUGCCAUUUUGUUAGCAGGAUGGUUCUGCCCAGAGGUAGAUGCAGCUGUUGAUAUACAGAACAAUAGCAUCAAACAACGAGACAGCAUUGUGUGGUGGACGGCCGCAUCAAUAUGUGGGGCAGUAUGUUCAGCCAUUGCAAUGAGUAGCUCAGAGUACAUCAGCAGAGAGGAUUCUCGUCCUAUAACGGAGAAGCACACACAGCUUCAUUUCUUCGGCUUGGUUAUCGGCAUCGUGUGGGCCACUCUGGUUACCGGCGGCAACCUGGUUGAUAUCAACGUCAAGGUGUUUUUUCCGCUCGAUUUCUACCUGUGUGCAUUGACCAUAGCCAUCGGCACUCUAGGCGGCUUAUCGUCGACAGCCAUCAUGGUGAUGAGACUCUCGGGCUGUACAGAAGGUCACUCUAUCACCACUGCAUGGAUUCCACCGGCCACGUUUCUCUCUUCUGCCGUCGGCUGCUCGAUGUUAUUCCCCGCUCAAAAGUACUCCAGCAUUGUUAUAGCAGUGUUAGUCCUACUUGUGGGCGCAGCUUCAUUUCUGAACGUAACGUUCUCACCUUCACCGACAGAAAAACAAAGUAAUAGUACAAGACUGGAGGCAUGAGAUGUCUCUUGUUUUGUUGUUAGUGAUAAUUUUCCUUAAAACCUUAAUACUGAAUCCAUCAAAAUUCUAACAGCAUGCAUACUUCUGAUUUUCGAAUGAAUUUUAUUGAUUACGUCCAUGAGAUCUGGAACCCUUUGCUUUAUGAUGUUUCAGGACCCUAACAGCGGCCUCACUGAGGGUCAAUAAUGGCCUUUCAUUGGCUGUGCGAUGUGCGCAGCUCGUACUUGCAUGCAUAUUAUCAUUAUUUUACCUCAGCAAUGGCAGCCUGUGUCAGCGGUCUAUGGCAGUGUUCCAAGACUUGUCGCAAAUCCGAUAAAAAUGUUGGAGAAUGCAGAUUAAAUUAUUUCGUAGGCAUCAAUUUUUAUACUAUUUGAUGGACAUGUGUCUAUUUUUUACUUGUGUAUGGCGAAAUUAUAUCAAGGGACUCAUUUUAGAUUUAAAAAAUAGUGCUUAAGGCGUGAAAAUAGGAAUAGAUGCUGAAUGUUGCUGGCCACACAAGUCACGCGGUAUUGUUUUGCCAUACACUCAUUUCAUUUAGUAUAGACGAUGUGACCUGUGACAUCACAUGUUUACCAAAGAGCCACAGAGCCUGGACUUCCUGCAGGCACGAUUUGUACACAGCCAAAUGGAAGAAAACAUAAAAUCUUAUAUUUUAAGGAGAUUGCACUGUCUAAUUCCUAUCAACUUUUGCUAUGAUCAAAGGGAGCACAUCUCAAAACUUGUCCAGCUUUUACUUUCAUAACUCUGUGAUUGAUGCGAAAAUUAUGACACAAAAUGUAAACAUUCCCAUAGGACCAGUGUAGUAUCUUGCCUGCCAGAAUACUCAAAGAAUGUACAAGGUCACACUGAUUGUAAACAGAGUUUACUUGGUCAAUUGUUUCAUAUAAAAGAAUUAAAUAUCUCUCCCAGCUACUGUGUAUAAAAGUAGCAUUAUUUGUUUUUUCAGGCUCCUUUCGCAUAAAAUUUUUGUGCGUAUUAAUGGAUUGUGCAUCAAAAGAGUUUCCGGACGCUGUCACAACAGCUGGCGUUGAAAACUAUCCCAGAAUAAUUUUUAUAUUUUUUUUUUUCACUGAAAACUGGAAAAUAAUCAUACGGCUAAUCAUACCUGUAUGGUAAUUGAUUUUUUUCAACAAGUCUAACUUUAAAAGUACCAAUACUUAUACAAAACCCAACAAUUUAACCAAUUUGGAAUACAUUUAUGUUUUGGGUGGAUCCAAUUCGCAGUAAGAAAACUAAGUUAUAGAAGAAGACUGAUACAAUCACGUAAAAAUAAUAGUUUUUGAAUCAUUUGGUUUGGCCUGACAACAAACAGUAACAAAUUUAUAGUGAAAUUUUGAGUAAUUUUUUUUAAAUUGAAGUAAAGAUAUUUUUAAAGUUAAUUGAACAAAUCCGGUUUGCAUUACAAUGUAAAUGCUAGGCUUAAAAGUCUGUUGAUAAAUAGAUAAUAAAAUAAACUGCACCUAAAGCUUUGUAAAUUAA